AAAAGCGUCUGCUAAAUGAGCAAAUGUAAAUCAGUGUAAAUGUCUGUGAAGAAUCCCAAUAGAGUCGCUAGGGACAAUCUAAAAAAUCCGAGUCCAGAGCGCGAGUAACACGGUUUAGAACCUGGCUUUCUGGUCUUAUAUAAUCUUAAUAAAGUUACCCCGUAGUGUAAGUACUAUUGUAAGAAAGUGUCAUUUUACGUGUGCUAUGGCUAACGCAGGGCCGACGGUUUCUCCGUGCGCUUUGCACGAGUGUACUUUGUAGACGGUGCCUCACACGAGUUUCGUUUCUUCGCACUGGCAGUUUUUCUGCGGAAAUAAUACGGACGCGCGUUUAUAAAUUGUUAUCAUCGCUCACAUAUCUCCUCUCCUUUCCAUUUCAUACCAUGGCUCCAACCCUCAGAGCAUCUGCUGAUGUUGGACUGGAUUUCAUCAAAUUUCUUGAAGAGACUAACAGAAAAUCUACAACGGAUAAGAACAAACUUCGCGAUAUAUACAACGCGGAAUUUAGAAGCAGGGACGGAGUGAAGAAUCCCAAUUUCUCGCGGGUCCUGUACGCGCUCGUGAAGUUCCGCGGAGCGACCGUGCGCGCUGGAGUGGUGCGCUUCACGCGCGCGGUGCAGCUGGUAUCUCAGGACCAGUGGAGGAGACCUCAGCGACAAAACCAGAGUAAUGCUUCUCCAUCGCUGCCUGCUGAUGCAACACCUAUACAGGCAGCUGAUGCUGAUUCUGCAGUACGGAGCAGGAAAAGGCUGGGCCAUGACAUCCUUCGGAACCUGAAGGAGAAAAGCAGCGACUAUGUCGCUAAUAAGAAGGGCAUUGAGAUCACCUCCGACCAUAACACUGUGGAUGGCAAGAUCUUCUUCUGUGUGCAGAGCACCCAGGAGACAACAUACACUAUCAAGCUGUAUGUGAGCAAUCGGGGCACCAGCCCAGUUUACUUCACCGACUACAUAGCCUUGCAGAGGAUGCGCUCCUUCACGCUAAGAGAUGAGAGGAAUGUGAGUCGCACUAAACCACUGCUCCUAAGCCCAGACAAUCGCCAUGAGGUCCUGGUAGAGUUCCAUAUUCGCCACUACGGUUUCUUCCCUGCUACAUUGGCAUUUGAGUUCCAUGAAGAUUCAGCUGCGGGUCGCCACUCCUUCCACAUUGUGCGCUUCAUAGAGGCCCAGUACCAGACGGUGCUGGCAAAGGACCUGGCUCCUGCUGAACCGUUCAAACCCAUCACUAUUGCUUCCUACAAGGCCAUCCCUGCUGAGAUAGUGGAUGGAGGCGAACCGCCUGAUAGUUUUGCCCUGAAUAACCUGAAAACAGUGGAAAAACUAGAUGAAUACAAAAUUUCUGGUUACCUUUGGGACCUGGUGAAUUUCCUGAAAGGACAGUCAUAUCCUGGACCCAGAGACCAGAUCCUGUCCAACGCGGCUCUCCUGGAGUCUCCCCUGAGCUUCCAGAACUACAAGAAAAAAUUCCAGCUCCUUCUCCAUCUGGAAGAGAAACAGAUGGAGAUGGAUAUCAGGAGGUACGACAUGCACAACGUGAUCAUGACUCAAGACCGGAACAACAAAAAGCUCCUCGUCCUGCACGUCCCGGGUGUGGCUGAGAACAGGCCCUCUGUCCUGAGGGGGGACUACCUGUUGGCGUCCAAAGCAGGCGAUACAGAGGAACCUGCCACCAUGUACAAGGGCUAUGUGCACAAGGUGGAGCUGGAGCAGGUCAAACUCAGCUUUCCCAAUAAACUUCUGAAAGAGUUUGUCAACAACAUGCGCUUCAACAUACGGUUCACCAUAAACCGCUUCCUUAUGCAACUGCAGCACCGCGCUGUGGAGCUAGCAGUCAGGCACCAACUGGAGGAGGUGCUCUUUCCUGCUGCCCGUGGGACAGUAGACUUGCCCCUCACCCCUCUCAGACUCUUUGACAGGUGUCUGGAGCAGAACCCGGAGCAGUAUACCGCCGUCCGUCAUAUUGUCUCAGGGGUGUCCAGGCCCGCUCCCUAUCUGGUGUUCGGACCACCUGGAACUGGCAAAACCGUCACCUUAGUGGAAGCCAUCAAACAGGUGGAGGAACACCACCCGUCUGCCCACAUCCUGGCCUCUGCCCCCUCCAACAGUGCCACUGACCUGCUCUGCGAUCGCCUGUUGACACAUGUGGAUGCCCACAAGGUGUACCGCCUGUAUGCCAGCAGUCGUAACCCAGAUGAUGUGCCAUCUAAGCUUCUGGGCUGUUGCAACUGGGAUCAGAAUCAAGGCUGUUUUGUAUUCCCCUCAAAGGAGAAGCUCAUGGAGUACAAGAUCUUGGUCACCACUGUGUUCACUGCUGGACGACUAGUUUCUGGAGGCCUCCCGCCGGGCCACUUCACCUACAUCUUUGUGGACGAGGCAGGCCAUGCUGCGGAGCCAGAGUGCAUCAUCGGAAUCGCUGGACUCCUCCAUCCAAAGACAGGGCAGCUGGUGCUGGCAGGGGACCCUAAGCAGCUGGGGCCCAUUCUCAGGUCUCCUUUUGCUAUAAACUAUGGACUAGGACUGUCGUUACUUGAGAGGCUGAUGACGACCAACCCUCUGUACAAGAAAGAUGCGAAUACAGGCCAUCUGGACAACCGCUUUGUCACCAAGCUGCUGAGGAACUACAGAUCUCACCCAGCCAUCCUCAAAAUCCCCAACGAGCUCUUCUAUGAUGAUGAACUGGAGGUGUUUGCUAAUGAGGUCAUUUGCAACUCCUACUGCAGAUGGGAGUAUCUGCCUAAGAAGGGAUUCCCAGUGAUCUUUCAUGGUGUGACCGGAAAAGAUGAGAGAGAAGGCAACAGCCCAUCCUUCUUUAACACGACUGAGAUUGAGGUCCUGGUGGAUUACCUUAAAAAGCUGCUGCAGACUCAGGGCAAAAAGGGCUUGGCCACCAUAUCACCGAGGGAAAUAGGAAUCAUUGCCCCCUAUAGGAAACAAGUUGAGAAAAUCCAACAGGCUGUCAGAACUCAUGAUAAGGACCUGCGCAAACUGAAUGACAUCAAGGAGCUCAAGGUAGGUGUGGUGGAGGAGUUCCAAGGACAGGAACGCAAGGUCAUCAUGGUGUCAACUGUGCGAAGCUCCGGGAACUAUGUCAAGAUGGACCAGGAUUUCCGUCUUGGCUUCCUUAAUAAUGAGAAGAGGUUCAACGUGGCUAUCACUAGGGCUAAGGCCCUCUUAAUUGUGGUGGGGAAUCCUAUCAUUCUCAACAUGGACAAGACGUGGAGACGAUUCAUUCAGUACUGCUCAGAAGAGACGGGGUACACAGGGAUUAACUACAGAGAUGCCAAAGGUGAAGAUGACAUUAUUGAUUUUCUGGUUAACCUCCAUAUUGGCAUUGAACCAACAGGCUCUAAAGUGGUCUCAUUGCUCCCAUCUGCCCCUCCAGUUGAGACCGAAGAAAGCAUGAUCCAGCAGCACGUGGAUCCCGAGUGGAAGCGUGAGCAGUGAGUCACUCCUGGACCCCUUCAGUCAAGUGAACCCAGCAUUUGAGUGGCCUGCCUGAUGCACAUCAGAUACUCAGAGAAGAAACUGGCAGCCAGAGGGAAUUAUGGGGCAUUACAACCCCACCACGUUGAUGAUCAUGUUGUCAGUUCCUCUUCUUCUGUUUGUGUUCAAUAAAAAAAAAAAAACGUUUUUCUUUCCAAUUACAGCUCCACAUAUUUUGACUAAUUAAAAGUCAGAUCAGAUCGACUGAUUGUUGUCUCAGUUGAUGCGAGUUGUUUUUCAUGCAGGUCCUUUUCUUUAAAUGUGGUUUAACAUGUUUAAUUCAAAUGCCCAUUUGAAAGGUUAUUACUGUCUUGUGGCAUUCAGAAAUAUGAAUAUAUCCCUCAUUUCAAUUUGAUAUUUUUCAUGACUUUUUUCAUAAUGUAUUUUGGACCAAUAUGUUGGGAAAACACAAGAUUGUCUGAUAAUGAAUAAAUAAAUUUGUAAUAGCUGUA